AUGUCGAUUUCUAAACUUUUACCUACCCAUGCACAAUACCAUAAUAAUCCUAUAGAAUUUAAAACAAAAAAUUUUACUUUUUGGUAUACAAUAUGUAACAAAGUUGUUUUUCCUUCUAUAUCAGACCUUAAAUAUACAAGAGCACCAAAAAGUUACGCUAUCCCUGAUAAUUAUAGUAUCAUUACAACAUGGGGAAAACCAGCAAAUUUAUGCACUAUUAAAGGCUACAUUAAAUAUAUAGAUAGUAAUCCCGUUUAUCAUAUAUAUUAUGGAUCAGAUUUUAGAUUUGAAGUAACAUCCAACCACUCUUCUAGUGAUGCGGCAACAAAAGCAUUAAAGGCUAUAAAUGAACAAUUGAAAAAAAGUCGAAUGUCAGGUCCUUUUCUUUUUGGUCUUCAUCUUAAACAAGUACAAAAAAAUCGACCUUACUGUAGCAAACCUUAUAAUAGUCUAAGUGUUUCUACUAAAAAAGCACGUGCCAGAAUUAUAGCAAAAAAGGUUAGAAAGAAUUUUAACCAAGUAGCUAAAGAAAAUCUUCAUUCUAAAGAUCGAGUAGCUCUUACAAAAUUAUCUUAUACAGUCGAAAAUACAUCAUUUCAAAUAGAGUUUGGUCAUUUUACAAUUGUUAUUUAUUCGGGAGUUGAAGAUUAUGAAUCUUUAAAAAAUGCAACACAGCCACUUAUUUCCGAAUUAGAUGAAUUAUGUAAAGUUGGUAUUAAUACAGCAAAUUCAGCUAAUUUCUGUCCUUGGUGUCAAUGCAAAAAAACUGAUCUUGGCAAUUUAAAAAACCGGUCAUGGAAAAUCGAAAAAGAUAUAAAUUUAAUGGCAUCUAAUUAUUUAGCUUAUCCUGGACACAUUAGAGCUCCGUUAUUUUCAAUGAUCCCACUAAGUCACUGGAUUCCUGACGAAUUACAUAUUCUUCUUAGAAUUACUGAUCGACUAUGGUCUUUA